UUGGGCGUGGCGGCCGUUCCCGGACGACACACUAGCAGCCAAGUAAGACAACUCUUAUUGCGUGCUGCCAAUGCACACCAAACCCCACCCCACCCCCUCUCUCUAUCUCUACCUCCACCUCCAUAUAUAAGCCACAAUCUCAGAAAACCCACCUGUUUCUAGGACACUUAACAGAUGUUCAAAGAGAGAGAUCCCUCACAAAUUUCAGGGUUUUUGUUUUAGGGUUCUAAUAUUUGUUAAGUGUAUUAGAAUUAACGAAUAAAUAGGUGUUUAUAUGAAAAUGGAAGAAGGGUCUUUCUGCACGGAGAAAAGAAAGCAAAGACAGUCCCAAAAAGACAAACCCUACAGAGGAAUCCGCAUGAGGAAGUGGGGAAAGUGGGUUGCAGAAAUAAGAGAGCCCAACAAAAGGUCAAGAAUUUGGCUUGGUUCUUAUUCUUCGCCGAUCGCCGCCGCCCGAGCCUACGACACGGCGGUGUUCUACCUGAGAGGCCCUUCUGCUCGGCUUAACUUCCCUGAAUGUAUAGCCGAAGGUGAAGUAUGUCAUGAAUUGUCGGCUGCGGAUAUAAGAAAAAAAGCCACCGAGGUUGGUGCUAGAGUGGAUGCGUUGCAGAAUACACUCCAUGCACCGACUGAAUCAACCACCUCAAUUCGGGUUGACUUGAAUCAGUACCCGAGUCCGGAGACUUCUGAUGAUAAUUAAAUUUAUGGGUCUUUCUUUUUUGUUAAAGAUUACCUUUUUCUUUUGGGAUGAAAAGCUGCAGUUGCACUUGCAAGUGAUAGGAGACUGUAUAGGGUUUUGUUUUGUUAUGAAUAUAGAGGUAUAAUCCAAAGGGAUUAGUACGUUUGUUGGGGAUUUACAAGCCAAAAUUUAUUAUUUACUAUUUUCCAUGUUAAUUUAACGUUCUUAAUUAUUUUUCUUUUA